AUGGCUAGCUUGGAUGUAGAAGCACUGCUUGAUGCUACCGCUGAGCAAAAGAGCCCAACCACUCACGCUGACGACCAGGCGAAGCAGGAGUCAUCGAAUCGGAAUGGUCGAGACCAGGAUCGCGAUCGAGGUCGGAAUCGCGAUGAUAGUCGCACGCGUUUCAGAGACAGAGAUCAUGACAGACGUCGUCGGGACCGGCGGGAUGUGAGCCCAAAUCGAAGCAGACGAGGUUCGCCUGACGAGGGCACUCCCCGAAGCGACACCGGUAGCCACAAGAGUAGGCGGAGAAGCAGAAGUCGAGAUGAUGAUCGACGUCACUCACGCCGUCACAGAGACGGUGACUACUACCGAGGCGGUCGAGGCCGCUCUCGUUCCCGAUCCCGUUCACCUUACGGUCGCUACCGCCCUCGUGAUAACCGCGAUCGCCGAGAACGUCGCGAUCGCAACAACGACCGUGACAGACCUGAGGACCGCGUUAAGACGGAGGACCGCCAACGUGAUGGAACCCCGCAACCAUCCAAGGACGAACAAGACUCCCGUACUGUGUUUGUUCAGCAACUUGCAGCUCGCCUGCGCACCCGUGAGCUGAAGGAAUUUUUCGAGAAAGUUGGCCCUGUCAACGAAGCGCAGAUUGUUAAAGAUCGAGUGAGCCUUCGCUCCAAGGGAGUCGGCUACGUUGAAUUCAAAAAUGAAGAGUCUGUUGCCCAGGCACUGCAGCUCACGGGCCAAAAGCUCCUAGGUAUUCCCAUCAUCGUCCAGGUUACCGAGGCUGAGAAGAAUCGCCAAGCCCGAAACUCGGAGUCUGGAGGCGGACACCCCAACUCGAUCCCAUUCCACCGGCUUUACGUGGGCAAUAUUCACUUCAACGUUACCGAGCAGGAUCUACAGGCUGUAUUCGAACCCUUCGGAGAGCUGGAAUUCGCACAACUCCAGAAGGACGAAAAUAACCGCAGCCGUGGCUAUGGCUUCGUCCAGUUUCGUGAUGCUGGCCAGGCCCGAGAAGCCCUGGAGAAAAUGAACGGCUUUGAUCUAGCAGGUCGUCCUAUUCGUGUUGGCCUUGGUAACGAUAAGUUUACCCCUGAAAGUACAGCGAACUUGUUACAGAAGUUUUCAGGCCGCGAGAACAAUGGCAACUUCCAAGGCUCGGCCUUUUCCGGUGCUGGAGGUCGAGGCUCCCAGAACAAUGGGUUCGACCGUGCUGGAGGCCGCGACACUGAGAAGGCAGGCGGUGCUAGCGCCCUCGACGACACCGAUGUCGCUGGAGUUAACUUUAGCAACUACAGUCGCGAUGCAUUAAUGAGAAAACUUGCCAGAACCGACGAAAGUGCCACCAAUGGCAACGAAGAGCGUCAUACGCUGAAACCGAAGGCAGAGGUGAAGCCAUUACCCGUUAACGUAAACAAAGCCAGCCGAUGUGUGGUUCUACAUAAUGUGUUUGACCCGGAAGAGGAGACAGGUGAAGACUGGGUGAAAGAGCUAGAAGAUGAUGUGCGACAGGAAGCAGAAACCAGCUAUGGACAUGUUGUCCACAUAUCAGUCGACCCGAACUCGAAGGGCGACAUCUACCUGAAGUUCGACAAAGUUCAGGGCGGUGAAAAUGCCAUCAAGGGUCUGAACGGCAGAUAUUUUGGUGGGCGAAGGAUCGACGCGUCGCCUGUUGUAGAUGCCGUCUACAGCAGUUUGUUCUCCCGCUCUCGGGCAUUCUGA